AUGGAAUCGGGGGAGUACCCUACUGUCAAUCAACAUCAUCGCAGAUGUGCUGCUAAUUCCCCUGACAAAAGUCCCAACUCCAAGUUUUCCAGUUCAAAUUCUGGAGCUAAAGAGGCCGAUGCAAUUUCUUCCGAUGAAUGUGAUGUACGAGGGGAAGAAAAAUGGUGUGAUGUGGCUGGCCCUUUCCGCAGACUUAAUGCUCUUCUGCAAGCUGGAUACGACGACCCCAAAUUGCUUUUGGUUCGUCUUUUUGGGAUGAACGCGUCGCAUUUGCCUAAUGAACCAAAUUGCCUGUGGGGAUUAUUACUAAAUCUUCUCUCUGAGCCAAUUCCACGAAGACGUCUACGGGGAUUCUCUAAGAUAGAACAUGUUGUUCAACUUUUGUCAACAUCUAAGCGUAUUCUUGUUCUCACUGGGGCUGGAGUCUCAGUGUCAUGUGGAAUACCGGAUUUUCGUUCGCGUGAUGGUAUUUAUGCUCGUCUAGCUAAAGAAUAUCCCGAACUGAAAAGUUCUCAAGCCAUGUUUGAUAUGGAUUAUUUUCGAACUAAUCCAUCAAUAUUCUUCAAGUUUGCAAAGGAAAUCUUUCCUGGGCAAUACUCACCUUCUCCGGCACAUUAUUUUAUUGCAACUCUCGAAAGGCUUGAUAAGUUACUCCGUAACUAUACACAAAACAUUGAUACUCUUGAACAAGCGGCUGGUGUCACAAGAGUUAUACAAUGUCAUGGUAAAUUUAUUGGUUAUUCUCUGGUGCAGUGUCAAACAGCUAACGCAAUUUCUAUUUCUGAGAAAUCUCCACCCCAUCUGAUUUAUAAGUUUAUUGUUCUGCCUAGAGAGCCUUCAUCUAAAAUCAGAUUGAAAUUUUUUGUUUUCUGA